AUGUUAGCUCUCUUUGACCGUUUUAGCUUUGUCGAAAAUGUGCGAGAAACAUUGAAACAGAAGGAUGGUGUUGGUGUUAUCAGUUUGCAGAACAGUCUAAUAUCCAACUUAUGCGAACAGACUAUUGGAUCUGUUAGGAAUGUUAGUGAAGGAGUCAGAACUAUAAGAGAUAGAAUUUCAAGAUUCAAAGUUCUUAUUGUUCUUGAUGACGUGGAUGAGUUGUUUAAAUUUGAUGAAAUCUUUGGAAACCAUGAGAAUUUUGCUCAGGGGAGUAGAUUUACCAUUACCUCUAGAACUAUGUGUUCUAAUUUUGCUGUAACUAUGUGUUGA